AUGCUGCUUCCCAUGGGCAUGCAGGCUCAGAGUGUUUCUCCUCCUCCUCCUCCUCCACUUCCUCCUCCACCUUCCUGCUCCACGCAGCCUCGCAGCCCGGCAGCUCGCCGGCCCGUCGCCUCGGCUAUGAAGCGGGGCGAUGCAGACGAGCGAGGCCUAGGCUUCUCCGGCAGUCCCAGAGGCCCUGAGAGCGGGAAGCUAGCGAGAGCUCAGUCAGACAUCACAGCGUCCAAACAUCCGAAAAAUCUGAACAUUCAGACACCUGAGCGCCGCCGCCGCCGCCGCUGCAGCAUCGACAGGAGGAGAGGGGGAGACGAGGUGAUGCUGCACUCAAAAAAAUCAGAGCAGUCGGAGAAAUUUCUCUGUAGCAUGGCCUGGAAACAAGCAAUCCAGGCUAACGCUCAGACACACACAUCCACAGCACACACACACACGCACACACACACCUCAGCAGACAUCACGGAGAGGGAAUAUCUCUCCUCUUAUUUCCUCUCCUCCGCUCGGCGGUGAUGAGAAGAUGAAGCUCUCUCCUCCUGAAGGUGUGACGGGAAAAAUCAGGAACUGAAGGUCUCCUCUCCUCUUCCUCCCUCCGUCCUCUUCAUCGUUUGAUCGCUGAUCUUUUUGUUUUAUCCCGAUUCCACCAAGUCAUCCGUCCUCCUCUGUUUGUUGGCCUCGCUCUCUCUCUCUCUCUCUCUAAAAUCUGCUCAUUACAGGACUGUUCCACCCCAGCCAAUACCCCUCCCCCACACACACACACACUCACACACAGACACACUCACACACACACACACACACACUCUGAGCUCUUAAAGAGAUAGAGACGGAGGGAUGGUGGAAGAGCUGCGUGUUCGGAUCUGGCUGCUCUCUCCCUGUGGGGAUUCAGCCUGCUCCUCCUAAUUAUCCAGCCUCAUUUCACUCCCUCCUCCCUCACCUCCUCCCCCUCUUCUUCCUCCUCCUCCUCCUCCUCUCAGACUCAAAUCUGGUCACUCAGCAAUCUGUUUCCCUGAUAACCGGCGCUCUGUGAGCUCAUUGAUCCCACUCUGCUCUCUCCUCAGCUAAUUGUUGCUCGUCUUUUCAGGACCGUCUCGUAGGACUGAAGCCGUCUCUGACCUCUUUACACGCCGCCGGCUUCAUCACACUCUCACGCUUUGAGCAUUCAGCUGGUAAAUAUUGGUCUAAUCAAUAACCUGAGCGUGUUGCUAUUGGAAAUCUUUCAGUCAUUGAACACACCAUCUGCUGGGUAGUUUGGUGACCAGAAAAUGAUGUCAAAGAAGGGCUGACGUUGACCCGAUGGGAUGGAGCCGUGUUAUUAAUAAAGUCUGAAACCCGCUGACUGUAAACUGCUGCUUCUUCAUGUCUCUGUACGGAGGCCUGGAGAGGACAAAAAGAGAGAGAGGGAGAUAGACGUGAGGCUGUUUUAGACGAGAUCAGGCCUUUAAAAAUGAUGUCGGCCCGACAAACAUGAUAAACCAGAGAAUUAAGGUAACGACACUUUACGAUAACCAAUAACUUUACAAUAAUCAUAACCUGUAAAUGGUAAAUAGAACAUUUAUAGUUGUAGCAGAUAGUUUAUUAAUCUUAUAUCAUCAUUUAUAAAUUGUAAACAGACAGUUUAUCAAUGUUUAACCAUCAAUUAUUAAUGGUGAAUAGAUAGUUUAUUCAUGUAAGUUAACAGUUACUUUACUAUUCACAAUUAUGAUUCAUAAUUUUUAUUCAUUUUUAAUGGACUAUUUAUUAAAGGUUCAUAAAGGGUUUAAAUAUCUUGGUUGUAUCUCCCUUUAAUAUUCAUAAAUAUAAACAUCAGUUCCAACUUUACAUUAACCAUCUCUGUCAUGUUCAUAGAUGGUUUAUAAACCAAAUAUUAAUCAUUUACAAAGUGCUGCUGACAAACAUUUUAAUAUAGAUGUUUGACAACUAAUAUUUAAACCCAAUAUAAACCUUUAAUUAAUAGUCUAUUAAUAAUUAAUGAAAAUCAUUAAUCAUGAUUUCAUUGCUCGUUAAUAGUAAAGUAACUAUUAACCUACAUGAAUAAACUAUCUAUUUACCGUUAAUAAAUUAUGGUUAUUGUUACGUGUUACCGGUCGGCCUUUUGACUCCUCGGUAAAAACGGUGCUUUGUUGUUGUGUCUGUUAACACUUUGUGUCUCUUUCUGAUGGUGUUGAACCUUCUUAACUUUAGAUGUCUGUCUCUGUGUCUCUUUGUAGUUUCGUCUCUCUAA